AUGUCUCGAGCACUUGCAGGCCGGUCCCUGCUGCUCCUGGCGUCGGUCUUUUUGCUUCUUUGCGCGACCACCUGUGUAGCUGCGCCGAAAAAAGACAAAGCGAUCGAAGCCUAUCUUCAAAGUCAGGUUCAUUUCGACAAAUAUCCCGUACUCCGUAGUAGCAUUGAGCCGAUCGCAAACGUCGAUUAUGCCCGCAACAAGUAUGGCGCCGUCUACCUCGCUCGCCCUGCCUACCAUGCCGGAGACUCGAUCUUGGUCGACUACUAUCCUAAAGGGGAGGGCCAGAAGGCUCAAGAGGUGAACGCCGACGUCGCGCGAGCGGUGCAGACCACGCUCGCAGAUGUGAAAGAGGCUGGUGGCGCUUACGGCGACGCUGCCAGAGUGUUGCAGUACGGACAGCCUUUCCAAGGUAACAUGCGCGCAAUUCGCUCGUGGGCUGAAGUCUGGAAGGAUCCAGUUUCUUUCAUAGUCCCAGCCAGCCGUUCCAGCCACGAAUGGUUCCGUAUUCGAGAAGCUUUGCAACGUAAUGGCCGUGUCAUUGUUCACGAUACCGUCAAGAAAACGUUGGUAGCCUUCCAACUCGCACUCAACGGUCGAGUCGAAAUGGAUAUCAGGGACCUCGCGCGUCAUCUCCGCAAGCGGGAACCCCAGCCGUCUCCUCGAAGUCUCGCCGACCUGCUGGCGGCUGAUGGCGGUGCGAAGCAGUUGGAUGUCCCUCCCGCUGCAACGCUCGAUGCACACAUCCAAGGUAGCCCACACUACCUAGGUUUUCCGGUACUGAAGGAUUUGUUCGAAACACCAUUCUCCAUCCAUUACGCUGUCGGCAAAUACAAGGCCGUCUGGCUCACCCGGCCAACGUUUCGUGAAGCAAAGGUCCCUUUGGAGGUGGAAUUGAUUCGAAAGGGAAAGGCUGCCGAACAGAUGGACUCCCACGCCGUGCCCGUCUGGAAGCUGCUCAAGGCGGCGGACGACGCCGGAUAUCAUUUUGGCAACUCGGCCCGUUUUCUUCAAUGGGGACGGCCUUUCGAAAGAGUCCAGACCACGCCUGACAACCAGAAGGACGCCAGGCUGGGCCGACUGCAACCCCCAUCUGAAGAGACUGCCACCAAGCAGGUCGACUGGGAGAAAAUCUGGCAGAGCGAGCCCAGAGACGUUCCCUCGGCAUCCAAAGCCAAGGAAUGGCUUGAGAUUCGUGCCGCCCUUCAGCGUGACGGACACAUUCACCUUCUUGAUUGGCUCUCAAACCAGCGACUUGCUUUCCAUCUCGACGAGACUGGCAAAGUCGGAAUGGCUGUCGGCAAUCUCGGACAUGGCAUUGUCAAGCUCAAGCGCAGUGUAUUGUCUUCACCCGCUUCCAGUACAAGUCGAGAUUCAGAGGUCAUCGAAGGCGCGAUUGCCAAGCGGUCAGGCUAUGGCGACAAGGUCAACUUCUUCCUUCACCGUCUGAGGUCAGCUGAUGGCACACGUUGGCAGGACGGCACGGAAAUCUACGCAGAUCUGCUGCACUACGAGGGUGUUCCCGUUUUCCAGGCUGAACAUCGACAACACGAUUUGGCUCGCCAAGCUCUGCGUGAUUAUAACUCCUUCUGGGCUUUCGAAAUCCCCGAUUGGAAGAAGCACCGCGAGGCCAAUCCCUUCCAACAACGCUUCAACGGUCAUGGCUUCCCCGUCACUGAGCACAACAACGAAGCUGUCUUUCAACGGUGGCGCGAGUUCGAGGCGUUCCGCCAGCUGCACGGCGACGUGGCGGCAAAGCUUGCUUACGGUCCACCUUUGUCGAAUCUGAGGCGCGCACAGCAAGCACCCUCGCGUCCUGUUCAGGUCGAUGCGUCCACGACAAGCAUCUACGACGUGCGUGCAAAGCUCAGGCAACACCACAAGAUCGUGCUUUCCAACCCGCUCACUGGCUCGCGCGUCGGUUUCAGGCUGGGUGAGGAUGGAAACAUUUUCCACGAGGUUCUCACUUCUGCAGCCGGCCAUCUCGCGAAGCGCAUGGCUCCAGCUGACAGGUACAGCGCGCAAGCGGGGGACAUUCAAGACUACGACUACUUCACUGGCAGUGCAUUCCAGCAUCAGGACUACCCAACAGCUUUGGAUCCAGCUGACGUCGAGCGAAUGUUCGCCGACACAAUCCACUUCCAUGGCUAUCCGGUUCUGGCCGGCAGGCAAUACACAUCGACGGUGCGGCACGCGCUGCAGAGCUACGAGCAGGUUUGGAUGAUACCGAGGUUUCCUCUUCCGUAUGACAGCGCUCGAUUGCCUGCUAACCUUCGGCGAGACAACAGAUACACGCGCCCUCCAUCGCAGCCUGUUGUGGACUAUCUAGAUGCAGCUGCGACCGCGAGGCAUAUUUAUGGCGACAAGCUCAUGUACCUCCAGUUUGGAAAGCCGUUCCCACCUCGACAGCCUGCCGCGCCGUCUACUAGCAAUGGUCUUCGCCUUUUCUCCAAGAAGAAAAAGCCCGAUUCAUACAGCCUCCCCAGCUGGCAGGAGGUGAAUACGAGGGGAAGCCAGAUAACGCUCGACAACGUCGACGUGCACUUUUUGCGUCGACAUCUGAACGAGCGGAACUACUUCAAAGCCUUGGUCAGGAAUCCGGAUGGAACGCCUAGGACGUUCGGUGUUCGACUAGAUCAAGCUGGUAGAGUCGAGAUCGAGGGCCUGGCAAAUGUUGCUGCUCACUUCCACAAGCGCAGCGAUACUUUGUCUUUCGUUGGCGAGUCCGGCACGCUACACGCCUUCGGAGCGCGUCGCCUGGCGAAGCGUAUGGAUCCACGUCCGCCUCAUUUGCAGCCAGGCACUUACGACUAUUAUGCCUUUACGCACCGGUACAGCGCCCCUUCACGAGCCUCAACGUCCGAGGAAAGCAGGCAGAUGUUCGCGGGCACGAUCCACUAUAAUCGCGAACCGGUCCUAUUUCUCGGAGAGUUUGACAGUUCCAAGCUGCAGCACGCGCUGCACGACUAUGGAGCAGCCUGGGUUACAUCGCGAGCUGAUCUCUCGAGCUGGAGAAGAUCCUUGCACAGCUUCCGCACCCCUCUUCAUCUCACUCAACAGCCGGCACGAAACGAUCAUGGAUGGGAUGGCCUGAUGCAAUAUCUCGUCGCGGUUGACCAGGAUCGUCGAGCACAUGGCGAUGUAUCCGCGUUGCUCAAGCACGGAAGGCCUUUCGGACCUCGCUCCUCUUCGAGAUUUUUUGGCUACCGAAAGCCAAGCACAAAGAAGAUGGAAUCAACGAGCACUUGGUGGGAUCUGACCAACCGUGAGCAGCUCUACCACAUGCACCAGCACCUGGACGAGCACAAUCACUUGAAAGGCUGGUUCCCGCACACGGGCGCGGUUCUUGGAUUCCGACUUUUGGAAGAUGGAAAGGUCGAAGUCAAGUCAUUGACAAGCGUUGCUCCUCAUUUGCACAAGCGCGCGGUGGACGACAGCGUCCCUUCGUUCGAUUAUCCGUCUUCUGGCCCGCAACUCCUCGCCAAGCGAGCGGGAUCGUCCAACCCACAGACUGGCACGUACGAAUGGUAUGCCCAAGGCUAUCAGCACGUAGCUCAACACCCUUUGGCCGCCGUGGCGGGGGAGCGCAUGUUUUCCGACACGAUCUACUACGGAAGAGUUCCUGUGCUGGUUGCUGAAGAUGUCGGCCAGUCCAAGGUGCAUCAUGCUCUGCAGACGUAUGGUCGAGCCUGGAUCACAUCGAGAGACGGCCAGGGAUCUCUCCGAGAGCCUUUCUACCUCACAUCAGACGGCGUGCGUCGAGACCAUGGACAGAUCGGCGUUCGGAAAGCUGUGCAACUGAUGGAUCAAUACGGUCGAGAUCACGGCAGAAUAGCCAUGCUGCUCAAGUACGGAAAGCCGUUCUCAACUGGACAGUCGAGCAGCGGGCUCACGAGCCUGAUCCCGACCGGAUGGAGGAGAGCUGGAGGACAAGGAGAGUGGGACUUGGCCAUCAGUGAUCCGUUCCAAGCGCGUCAGAACCUGCUGGAAAGCAAGUACAUGAAGGGCAUCAAUCCCAGCACCGGUGCAAGGUACGAGUUUCGACUCAGUGCCGAUGGCCAGGUCGCGAUGAAGGAGUUGGCGAAUGCGGCUCGUCGGCUUCACAGGCGCAUGGAGACUGCACCAGAGUCGAGCACCAGUCACGUUCUAAAAGAGCGGUCUUGGAAUCAGAGGGCAGUCGAGUACUACAUCAACCGCGAGCAUCCUGACGAUCCCAAUGCCAGUAAGCUGUCCGACCUGCACAGGAGAAUGGAGUUUUCCGGGGAUCUUCACUACAAUGGUGUUCCGAUGUUCUUCCCGCAGAAGGACGAGGGCGUGCUGGACAAGGUGCAUCGUGCUCGACGCAUCUACCCUGGCUACUGGAUCGUAGGAAUCUACGAUGGCAGGCCCGAAACCACCGUCGCAAGGUAUGUGCCCAGUGAUCGACGUGUCCCUGCAUCGGCACGAGGCGAACAGGCGCUCCUUGAUAGUCUCAAAGCGAUGGACAAGUAUCGCGAAUUGAACGGUGCCGAUGCACAGCUGCUUACGUACGGCCCCGGAUUUCCGAAGCGUCAGGGCACAGUUCCAAGCUGGAACGACGUAAGGACACGCGCUCAUAGACUUCCAGCCUUGGCUUCAAUGCAGGCCAAGUGGUCGAGGCUUCAGACACACGGCAUGGUCGUCAUCACCGACGCCAACGGCGCAGUGGGAUUCUUGCUCGACAAGACUGGUCAUCUUUCGCACAUGCGCCUUGCGCUCUGA